AUGUAUAGCGGCGGUCAUGCACCGGCGAAGCCGGCUGAGAGUAGAGCUGGCACGAGAUGCAGAGCAGUGGAGGCUGAGCGAGUGCGGCGCAAGCGCCCAGGUGAGUCAGGUAGGCCCGCCCCUACGCCCUCCCGCGUCGCGCACCUGCCUCGCCGCUCAGUUCACCGCCACACGCCGGCCUGGCGACUUGUGCUCCGUGCACGCCGCCAUCCUCCAUACUCUCGCGAGCCCUGCGCGACGUUUUUCGCUUUCCCAACUAUUACUUUCCGA